AUGUCCACACCAACCUCUCCUGAGUUUACACAAACCCCUCUAGCAUUAUCAAACGCUAUCAUAGGAGUUGUUAAUUCAUCGGAAGAGUGGAAACAAUGGAAAAAGACUAAACGACUAGAAGAAGAUUGGAAAGACUUUCUCCGUUUGCCUCAUGAUACUUAUUGGAUAUAUCGGGCAAUGGAAACUGAACGUAAAAAUAAGAUAAAGGAAGCACGUGCUCAAGAUAUCGAACCUCCUCUCAAACGUAAAAAUACCGUCCCUCCUACCUCAAGAGUUAAGAAAACUACGGUUCAACCAUCAGAAACAAAUUCUGAUAUAGCCGAAGUUGAUGAUGAGUUUGAUGCCUCAUUAAUUGCAUAUAAUGAAAAUGAUUUUUCAAAUCACAAUAGUAUUACUUACAAUAAUACUGAUAUUCCUAAAUCACCUACCAUUACUCCUCGUAUAAUGAGUUCCUCAAUACCUUCAAGAAUUCCAGUCCAAUCAUCUGCAACAAGUUUCAAUUCAAUUAAAGCUAAAAAUUUCGAACUUGACAGUGAUGACAAUGCAUCUGAAUCAUCUACCACUAUGUCUCGCACAAUGAGAGUUUCAAGGUUUUCAAAAGUUCCAGCCCAGUUAUCAGCAACAAGUUUUAAGGCAAUUGAGGUUGAUAGUUCUGAAGCUAGAAAUUGUAAUGAUGCAUCUGAAUUAUCUGCUGUUACCUCUCGUACAAUUAAAUUAUCGACACAUUCAAGAAUUCCAACUUGGUUAUCAGCAACAACAACAAGUCCUUCAAGGUCUACUAAUCCAGCCCGAUUAUCAGCAAAUUCCAAAGCAGUUGGGGUCGAUCAUUUUACAAUUAACAAUGAUAAUGACAUAUCCGAAUCACCUAUCACUACCUCUCACGCAAUGAGAACAAGAUCUUCAAAAAUUUCAACACGAUCGUCAGCAAGUUCCAAUAGAGUUGAAACUGAUGAUGCUCAAUC